AGUGCGCGUGCGUAUAAUAGCGAGAAUGCUUUCGUUUUCCGCCGGCCAAUCGGUGGGGAGGCGUUUGUGCGCGUGCGCGCCGAGGGGGGGUUUCUGUGUUUGCCGUGGGCGUUCCGGUCCGGCGUUUAAUUUUGAGGCCGACGCGACGAGCCCAGUAGGGGGCGUCAGAGAGCUCCCCGCCGCGUUUCUCCCGCUGAGGUCCGCUGUGCCGCCCGCCCGACGGAGCUUCUUCCCCGCCUUCCUCAGCUGGAUGGUGUCGGCUUACUGCGGGUUGGGGCUGGGGAAGAAAGAGGCAGGCUUUACCGAGAGCCUCUGCUUCCCUCUUCUGCACCGGAAAGGAGCCCCGUGGAAAGGCGGGUUUCCUUCUGGGAGACCCCCAUCGCCCGCCCCCCCCUCACCGCGGGUGCAAGAGCCGCCGGCCGAGGCUCGGAUCGGGGCUGCCAAUGGCGCCCUCCGGGUCUUGGCUGCCAGCCGGGGCACGCCCUGUGGCCCGCAGCCCAGCUCUGGGGGCUCCGAAGAAGCCAGGAGCCCCUCGCCGCAUCAGUCUCAUCGGAAGUUUUCAGCUCCCAGGCAUGGCCACCUGGGCUUCCUUCCUCAUAAGAGGAGCUGCCGACAUCGAGGAAAAGUGAAGAGUUGGCCCAAGGAUGAUCCCAGCAGACCAGUCCACUUGACAGCCUUCCUGGGCUAUAAAGCUGGCAUGACUCACAUCCUGCGGGAACUUCAUAGACCAGGACUAAAAAUCUCUAAGCGAGAGGAAGUGGAAGCUGUCACUAUCAUCGAAACUCCACCAUUGGUGGUUGUUGGGCUAGUGGGCUAUAUCGAGACACCAAGGGGGCUGAGAAAUUUCAAAACCAUCUUUGCAGAACAUAUAAGUGAUGAAUGCCGAAGACGCUUCUACAAGAACUGGCACAAGAGCAAAAAGAAGGCGUUCACGAAGUACUGCAAGAAAUGGCAAGAUGAGGCUGGGAAGAAGCAGCUGGAGAAGGACUUUGUGUCCAUGAAGAAAUACUGUAAGAUCAUCCGUGUCAUUGUGCACACCCAGAUGAAGCUCCUGCCAAUGCGGCAGAAGAAAGCACAUAUUAUGGAGAUCCAGCUCAAUGGGGGCUCUGUGGCAGAGAAAGUUGACUGGGCUCGGGAGAAGCUGGAGAAGCAGGUGUCUGUGCACAGUGUCUUCAGCCAGAAUGAGAUGAUCGAUGUCAUUGGAGUCACCAAAGGGCAUGGGAUGAAAGGGGUGACGAGUCGCUGGCAUACCAAGAAACUCCCAAGGAAGACUCACAAAGGCCUGCGGAAGGUUGCCUGCAUUGGAGCCUGGCACCCUGCCCGGGUGGGCUACUCAAUUGCCCGGGCUGGCCAGAAGGGCUACCACCACCGCACAGAACUCAACAAGAAGGUUUACCGCAUCGGCCGUGGGAUCCAUGUAGAAGAUGGCAAAGUGAUCAGAAACAAUGCAUCCACCAAUUAUGACCCAACGGAGAAAACCAUCACCCCACUGGGUGGAUUCCCUCAGUAUGGUGAAGUCAACAAUGACUUUGUGAUGGUGAAGGGCUGUGUGUUGGGUACCAGGAAGCGGGUGCUGACCCUGAGGAAGUCUCUUCUGGUCCACACAAGCCGAAAAGCUCUGGAGCACGUGGAGCUGAAAUUCAUCGACACCACCUCCAAGUUUGGCCACGGCUGCUUCCAGACAGCCCAAGAGAAGCGGGCCUUCAUGGGCCCUCAGAAGAAGCACCUGCUGAAAGGGAAGCCAGAAACUCCAGAGGAAUUAUAAAUGGGUUUCUUUGAAGGAGAUACUAAAUUGUUCAUGUCUGGGGCUGUAUCAAAUAUGAGUGCAAACAUGGUCUCUGUUUUUGAAAAGGAAUAGUUUUUGUCAGUCUUAAGAAAAAAGAGAAAACCCAAUAUUUAUAAUAAGGGUUAUACAGGGAGGAUAAAAAAAAUCAAAGUGGCACUUGUGAUAGCAUGAUUGAAGUGGUUGUCAUCUUGAAAUUCUUGACCAUUCCACCCAUGGACAAUUUCUGGACAACCCAGAUAUUUGCUUAUAUUUUUGUGCUUUUGGCUGGUGCUAAUAAAAUGAUUGUCAUA